CCCUUCCCCUCCCCACCCGGGAGGAGAGGCAUGGAGUGACCGACGGAGCCAGAGCUCCGGCCGCUCCGAGACCCCCGCUCUCCUCCAUGGGGCCCAGGACAUGUGAUGAACCUUUUGGAGCUUGUUACCAGGGGCCAGUCUCCUCUCUUCAUUAAAACAUGCACUGUCCUGCUGUGAAACAUUGUGACGUUUAUUUUUGCUAACAGGAAACAUUUUCAAAUAUUGUUCUGUCUUUCUCCUACAAGAGUUCACACCAGUGCUAUCAGGAGGUCACAGAACAGUGCACUACCUGUGCUGCCCUAGGGCUGUUGAUGUCCUCAGCUGUUGUAGGAGAAACACUAGACCUGGAACCCAGUUUGUUACUGGACUUGUGGAAGAGGAAACACAAAGAUUUCCAAAUGAAUAACCGAAAGGAAGAUAUGGAGAUUGCUUCCCACUACCGUCAUCUGCUGCGUGAGCUUAACGAGCAGAGACAACACGGCAUCCUCUGUGAUGUUUGCAUUAUAGUGGAGGGGAAGAUAUUUAAGGCUCACAAAAAUGUCCUGCUUGGCAGCAGUCGCUACUUCAAAACGCUGUACUGCCAGGUACAGAAAACAUCUGACCAGGCCACAGUCACCCAUUUAGACAUUGUAACUGCACAAGGCUUUAAAGCAAUCAUUGACUUCAUGUAUUCUGCACACCUAGCACUGACCAGCAGAAAUGUCAUUGAGGUGAUGUCAGCUGCUAGCUAUCUGCAAAUGACAGAUAUUGUACAAGCCUGUCAUAAUUUCAUAAAAGCAGCUCUCGACAUAAGCAUAAAGUCCGAUGCCUCAGAUGACCUUGUCGAUUAUGAACUCGGAGCCCCUUCCAGCAGUAGUACGGAUGCUUUGAUUUCAGCAGUCGUGGCUGGCAGGAGUAUAUCUCCCUGGUUAGCUCGGCGAACAAGUCCAGCAAACUCUUCUGGAGAUUCAGCUAUCGCCAGCUGCCAUGAAGGAGGAAGUAGUUACGGAAAAGAGGAUCAAGAACCAAAAACAGACAGCCACGAAGACAUUUCAUCCCAGUCUCUUUGGUCUAGUGACAUGGGCUAUGGGUCUUUACGUAUUAAAGAGGAACAGGUUUCACCAUCACAUUAUGGAGGGGGUGAACUGCAUUCUGCCAAGGAUAGUGCAAUACAGAACACGUUCUCGGAACAAGGAGUAGGGGAUGGCUGGCAACCCACUGGGCGCAGGAAGAACAGGAAAAAUAAAGAAACUGUGCGGCAUAUUACGCAGCAAGUGGAGGAUGACAGCAGGGCAAGUUCUCCAAUGCCAUCUUUUUUACCCGCCUCAGGAUGGCCAUACAGCAGUCGAGACCCAAGUGCUGAGGUGGCAGUAACAGAGCCCAGCAGCUCCGACAGCAGAGUAGAGCGGUCAGACCCCUACCCAAACGUCGACGAAGCCCUCGUCGGCGGGGAGGCCAGCUACAUCUCUCAGCCCUUGACUCCCGAGAAGGAGGAUGCGCUCCAGGCUGCCACCGUCGCCAACCUGCGUGCGGCUCUCAUGAGUAAGAACAGUUUGCUGUCUCUGAAAGCCGACAUGCUGGGAGAGGAUAGUUCUCUGCUGUUUGAGUACUUACCCAAAGGCACGCAUUCCCUCUCUCGGCCUGGCACCAACUUGAAUCGUUCAAGGGGCGAAUGUGAUGGCAAAGUGGAAGCACCAUCUCCCCCGCUGCCUUCAUCACACCUUGCCACUCAGAGCCCCCCUGAGAUCUGCUCUUCUGGUGAAAUGUCACCAGAAACCAUGAUAAAAGGAGAGGUGCCUUCCUCAACCCAGGCCACUUACGAUGGAUUUUUAGCACUUUGGCAGUUUGAUAAUUCUCAUUCAGAUAAGAAUUUCUCGAGAUCUGAAGACAUGGACAUAACCACUGAUGGCCUGUUCCUGGAUUCAGCCCUAGCCAAGAGGCUGACCUGUGGUUUCUGCAGGAGGGUUUUCCAGUGUGCUGAAGAGCUGAAGGAGCACAUCCACAAGCAUGCUUUCUCCGUGCUUCUCCCGUUCGACCUGGCAGACUGCUCCCAGCCUGGCCUUAUUGACAGCGUGCCUCCUGGCCACCUUGCCCGCUUCCAGUGCUCCAAAUGCCCUGCAAGCUUCACUCUGAAAUCAAACAUGGAUCGCCAUGAAAAGACCAUCCACUUCAACUUCAAUGAGUUCACAGUCAUCAGGAAGAAGUUCAAGUGCCCGUACUGCAGUUUCUCAGCCAUGCAUCAGUGCAUCCUGAAGAGACACAUGCGAUCCCACACGGGAGAAAGACCUUAUCCCUGUGAGAUCUGUGGGAAGAAGUUCACCCGCCGGGAGCACAUGAAGCGGCACACCUUGGUCCACAGCAAAGAUAAAAAAUACGUCUGCAAAGUGUGCAACCGAGUGUUCAUGUCUGCGGCCAGUGUGGGGAUAAAGCAUGGCUCUCGCCGCCACGGAGUUUGUGCCGAUUGCUCUGGGCGAGGCAUCGCUGGUCACCUGGACCACAACGGGGGGGAAGGGUCUCCAGACGAGUGCUACCCCGGGGAGGGGCAGUACAUGGAAGACCCAGAUGACAUCAAAGUGGAAGGAGACGAGGAGAUGGGAGACGACGACGACAUCAAGUGGAAGGAUGACGUGGGCAUGUCACAAGAUGAUGUGAUUUUAGAUGAUGACAAAGAUGUCGACUCUCCACAGGAGCAGGACAACUCUGGGGAGAAUGACAAGGAUUUUACCUGGAUUUCUUAGGGAUUUUUUUUUUUUUUUUUUUUUUUUUUGGUUUUUGUUUCGCUCUGAUAUUUGUAGGGGGAGGGAGGGUGGGGGAGGAAGGAGUAUGUUGGGAAAACUAAAUAGCCUUGUUGUCGUCCAUGUGUGCAAAAUAACUCUUGUGUUUUCUAAACAAGUCCUUCUCUGUUCCACUCAGAUACUGUCUUAGCAGUGUCGCUUCCCUCGACACGACUGACUUCGCCUUCCCCCCUCUCCCUCCGGGACAAGCCCGGAUCGCGGUCGCCCCCUGGACCAGCCGGGCUGCACCUGGGCAAGGGGGACCCUGCGGGCGCGAGCGCUGCACCGCGGGGGGGCUGGGGGAGCACGAGUCCUCCUACCUUCCCACCCUCAACCAAUGCCAGGGAGAUUUUUGUGUCCGAAGCAGGUUUGUUUUUUUUUUUGUGGUUGUUAGUUGGUUUGUUUUUGUUGUUUUGGGUUUUUUUAACACCUUGUCUGUGUGCUAAAAUCCCAGCAGCAGUGGAAUUACAAGCUAACGUUGUGAAAGCAAAUUGAUGUGCGUGUUGGAGGGCUUCCCUUGAUGAUAACAGGCCUUUUGCAAAGUUAUUUGAAGAGAUUUUUUUAUUCUUUUUUAUGGAGCCAAAUAGAUCGAAAGGCAGGUCAGAUUACAGCCUUACAAAUUGUUUUCUUAGAUACUUAGCUUCCAAAAGAAUUGCCAUCAAAGACAGAAAGACUAUGACGUUUCUUGGACCUACUGGCGUCUUACCCGUGUCCCGUCUUCCAGUCUUGGUUAUCCGCGGUUGCAGGGACGUGUGUGUGGGUGCUCCUAGAAGUGCCCUUUGCUGUAAUGGGGACAGAUAGUUCUUUACCUGUCGUUGUUCUCUGCAAACACCUUCACUUUCCUCCCUUUGCUCAGCUGCCUUUUUUGUCAAUAUAUGCAAACCGUAGCAGAACGGAGGCAUUUAGCAAAGUGCAGGAUGAACUGGGAAGGGUGAGAAGCCAGGUUGAGGAGACCCCAGCUGGCUGGAAAUCUUGCUGCUCCUGCCCGGUGGACUUUGCUGGGGCCAGGAUUCAGCUGGGUACAUUGUUCUUCCCUGCUAAUUUAAAAUUUUUCGUGCAUCACUCGUAGGUGUAACCCCUACUGAAUUCACGGUGAAAACCUUCAGCUGUAGCUGCACUGGUUCCAUGUACGUUUUUGAAUAAACCUUUUUUAAAAAAAAAAAAAAAAUUAAGAAUCAGGUUUCUCCCAGUAUCUCCUAACUGGCUCUGUGGGGCUGCUCCAGGUAGUUGGAUUUUCCUUGUUCAUAUCGGCCACUGUUGCCUUCUUCCAGCUACACCUGAAUGACAACAGCAACAAAGUGCGUUGGAACUGUCUCGUUCCUGAGUAGAAGCUUCUUUAACCCUUCACCUCUUUGCUUCUGGUGCUUUUUUUAAAAUAAGAAUAAUAAUUAAAAAAAAGCUGAAGACCUCGCUCUUCCCUUGCCGUAGAGCAAUUGUCUACGCUGUCUGUGACGGUGGUUUCUUGAAACCUGCCACCGCCGCCUGCCCGUUACCAGAAAGCCAAACGAUAAAGGUGCUAUUUACCCCGCGGUGGGACAGGUGAGCUCCGGGGGGGUGUGCGGCGCAGGGGGGGCCUCGCCAGCAGCGUGGUUCCACCCAGCGGAGCAAGGAACAAGGAUUUUGUACAAUAAACCCCAGUAAAGCAAAUAAUCUGGAGGGACUGAAGGUGUGCGGUGCCGGGGUGCGGCAGAGUGUGGGGGGAGCCGUGGGCCUGGCACCGCCGGCGGCCGGUUCUCAUUUGUUCCCUGAUUUAAGGUGCAUCCCGGGUUUAUGGUGUUCGACCCCCUUUGCUGCGCCUCAGCCCCUCGCCAGCGCUGGCCGCAUCUCCCUGCCUGCGCCCUCCCGCAUCACGCCGGCGAUGCCCUUCACUGGAGCCUCCGGCCGCUCCCGACCCCUGCGGUGUCGGUGGGGGGGCACACGGGUCCUCAGCCCCUCCGCGGGGCUCGGCAGGGCCAGACCCCUGGGCUCAGUCAGGCUCGUUGCUUCUAGCCGGUGCGAGUGGGUGACCCUCUUUAAAUACCGAACAGAGGCGCAGGGUCCCCCAGAAACUCUUUACUUUAAUCCUAAAAAUCUAAUUCUGCGUUUUGGCUCCUUGCAGAGCCCUCCUACCAUGCAGAAAAAGGCAGAACCCCACUGUUGUGCAAUUGGACCUUGAUACAGUCAUUUCCCCAGCAGCCGUAGCAGUUGGGGGGUCCCGGUGCAAGGUGCCCCCCCCCCCCCCCCCCCCCGCCCCGACCUGCUCCCCCGGGCACGGUCUUUGUAUUUAUUGUCAUUUAUCCUGUAAAUAUGGAGGGGGGAGGGGGUGUCUGAGGUCCUGAACUUGCAGCAUCACCUGUUGCGUGUAGACAAAUAGAUACAGUACUGAACAGGUAUCUGUAGCUUUGCUUUUUAUAUGUAAAAAAAGCUAUUUUAAAGAAUUUCCAAACCUGACCCCUUCACAGCCGCUGGGUUUUGGUGACAUUCCGUCUCGCCCAUCGCGGGCGCUGGUGCAUGCGCCCACUGCCCACCCCUCCCGGGGGGAGCGGAGGCAUCACUCCGAGCCCUCCUCUUCCUCGCUUCUCCCUGCCCUCACCCUUGGGUGACUCGGGUUUUGUGAUCAGAGUGACCGGGUGCUUAGCUUUACCUUGCAAAUUCCUUUGGGAAUAUUUUAUAUUCUUUUCCUUUCCUUUUUUUUCUCCUUUCUUUUUGAGGGUGGGCAGUAGGGCAGGUGGCUUUCGGAGGUGCCUCCUGGCAGAGCUGCUCUGAAGCUCUUUGAGCUGAGGAUGCAGAAUUAAAAUUAAAAAGGAGAGAAAACCAGAAACUCCACGUAGAAGCUAACUUUCACCAUGUUACCAUUAUAAUCUGGCACAUGCUUCCAUAUUACUAACAUACACUAUAUAUACCAAAUAAAGUCAUUCUAACACCUGAUGUAUAUUUGAAGUGCUUUGUUUUGAUGGAGAUGUGCAGAUUCAGAAAUGUAGGAAUUAGUCCUUACAUUUCCAUGCUCCGGCGGAUGCUUUGUGAGGCUUGGGUUCGAAAAAGGAAUUUGGGCUUUUUUUUUUUUUUUUUUUUUAAAUGCUGAAACUUUAUAAAACUUCAUUAGUUGCUCUGUGCAACUGCAACCCUCGGGCUCCUCUCCGGGCACGUCUGGGAUCUACUGCCUAUGCAAACUUUUCAGCUCUUUGAGAUUCCAACAAACCCCCAGUAAUUUUGCCUGUGCUGUCCAGCGCUAGCUUGAGUAACCUCUAGCAUCUCGUCUUUGUAUUUCCCUUCAGGGCUUUGUAUACUUCACUGAGGUUCCCUUUUUUUAAUUUUUUCUAAAUAUACGUAUGUGUAUAUAUAUAUAUACAGAUUUAGUUUAAAGAAAAUAACUCCCUUAUUGGUAAGAAAAAAAUUGAUACACUUGGUCUCGGUAACUUGCAACUAAUUUUUUUAAGUCGUUGUAUGUACUUGUAAAUGUUCCUCCCGGAAUUUCUUUGUUGUCCUUGUUAUUUUUUUUUGACACACGAGAGAGUGCCAGGAGUAGAAAGAGCAUUUCAAGCCGUGCUUGUCCUGCACGGGAUGGGGUGCUCUGGCAUCGUCCUGCCCUUCCCUCCGGGAGAUGUCCCGCGGGAUGGGGGUCCUGCCCUGCCCUUGCGUUUGGCCAGUACCUUAAACAGGGGACAAACGAGGCUCGUGCGUUUGGAACAGUUUAGUUCCAAAAAAAAUAAGUGAUUUAAAUGUCAUGAAGUCCCCAGGUUGGUGUGUUUUAAGGUCACCCCAAAGCCCCACAGCUGGGAGCGACUUUGCGGGGCAGUGGGAGUGGGAUGCGUCGCGGGGAGGUUGGCGGAGCCACCGUCCUGCUCCUUUUCCUUUUUAUCCCAACUCAGCGCUGGGACUACACAGGGAGCAGUUUUCUUAGGAAAGGAAACCCGCCCUGGCGCUAGGGCCCGUUGUUUCUUCUCUCGACUCAUGCCUUUAAAUACUCCGCUUUUCCAAAGCGAAAGCCACGUUGUUGGGGGGCUGGCGCGCGUUGGGGCCAGGGGCUGGAGCAGGGGCUCGGCUCACGCCCCCCAGGUGGCCCGGCUGCCGCUGGGGCUGAGCCCCCUGGCACCCCCACCUCCAGCUUCCCGUUUUGCACAUCGCCCUUUAGGAAAGAAACUCCAUGAAAAUAAUGCAAAAACUGGAAUUUUUUGCAAUAUUAUGAAAGAUAAUCUUAUUUUAGCUCAUUCUGUGACAUGUGCAACUCCUAAGAAAGCCAUACUUAAUGGUUCUUUUUAUUUUUUAGAUUCUAUAUUGUGUUUUGAAUUUCUGCCUUUUUUUUUUUUUUUUUUUUAGUUCUGCAUAGUAAGAGUGCUGUGUGUAUGCUUUCAUAUAUAUUUAUUUUUCAACGUGCUUUAAACCUGUCUACACAAAUAAAGCUAAACAAGAAAAAAAAAAAAAGGACAGCGUUUGAAGACGGUUGACUAUUAUUAUUUUUUUUGCUGGGAAUAUUCUAUAUUAUACUGACUUUAUAUUAAUUAUUAUAAACCUGUGUUUGUAUUGAAGAUGUGUUUAAUAUUUCGGGGAGGUUGAGGAGAUGUAACCAGAGGGCAGUGGGAGAACAUGGCUGUGUUGUACUGAUUUUCUGUAAAUGUAGUUCAGGUAACUAUGACCUUAUUUUCUAGUCGCUCUCCCAGUUCCGCGGCUGCCUCUGGGUUAGAAUUACUUUGUGAUGGGAUUUAGCUUAGACAUACUUGCAAAAAUCAAUCAGUUUCAAUAAAUUGGGAAAUUGCUGCUACAA